GGCUAGUACUAUUAAUACAAUGAAGUACUCUUCAUUAUCACAGACCUCCUAAAGCAUUUUAUCUCACCAACACAAGAAUCAAAACCAAACCCAUCAAAAAAACAAAAAUGGGAGAUCAACCACAAGAGCUUCAGCAGCCUCUUUAUGUGUAUCCGUCUUCUUCUUCUUCAUCUUCUUCCUCUUAUACCCCGUCCCCGCCUACAUCCUCUAGUACUUCACGUGGCUCGUUCAGUACAGUGUUCAUUGUUCUAGCAGCGAUCCUUAUCUUAGCAGCACUGGCUUGUGUGUUUGGAAGGCUAUGCAACCGCGGUGGAAAGCAACACAAAGAUAAAAACAGCAACAAAAACUCCAAGCAUGAGAAACCGUCGUCAAAGAAGAGCCGUGAGAUCAGACCUGUGGAGCGUGAACCGAGAGAAAGAGGUGACGUGGAGUUUGGUUUCGAUAUGAAGCGUCCUGGUCCAAUGGGGAAACCCUCUGGUCGAAACGGAGGGGACAUUGAGUUUGGGUUUGAUAACAAGAGAGGAGGAGGUGGAGGAGGAGGAGGAGGAAAAGGAGGGAAAAGACCACCUCCGGUUAUAUAUUAAACAUGGAGUACUGAUUAAGUUACCGGAAAAAGAAGAUCACCAUGUUUAAGGCCGCCACUUCAGACACGGUGGUACUUCCCACUUCAAA